CCAAAAAUGGCACCGAUUAAAGUUAUAGGAGCAAGCUUUGGAGAUUGUGAUACCGAUAAUUUAAAAACAGCUUUAAAUACUUUAGGAUACAAAACACAGCAUAUGGAAAGUUUUUUUGAAGAUCCUAGCCUUUCGUGCGAUGAAUUUUACGAUGCCUAUACGAAUAGAAAGGAAGCGGACUGGGAUGCGCUAUAUAAAAAUUAUGAUGCAGUUGUGGGUUGGAUUGGUGCCUCAUUUUAUAAGGAUUUACUUGACAAGUAUCCUGAUGCUAAAGUAGUAAUGACUGUGCGUUCUGUUGAUAGCUGGUAUCUAUCUGUAAAGAAUACAAGUGCUACUCUGGGUUCAACCUCUAGUCAUCCUUUCCAAAAACUCUCUACAGCCGUAUGUCUGGAUGGAUGGAUUCAAGAUCCGGACAAAUUUUCACAAGAGGAAAAAGUAAAGCAAAUGUAUUUGGAUCAUCUUUCUAAAGUGAAGGAAAUUGUACCUGCCGGACAAUUAUUGAUGUUAAAACAAGGAAAUGGUUGGAAGGAAAUUUGCAAGUUUCUUAAUAAGGAUGUGCCUGAUACGUCCUAUCCUAGUGCCAAUCAUGCUAUUGAAAUUGAAAGAUACUACAUUCCCUCUGAAAGACCUCAUUUGAUUCCAACUAUUAGAAUUACAACAGUUUAAUUAGGUUAUAUAUAAUAUGUUUCGAAUAAAACGUCGAAAUAAACCUUAUGUGGAU